AGCGAAUCCACAAAGCGUUAGUGGGAUGGGGAGGCGUUAAUAGCGCCGUUUUCUUCCACAUCGGCAUGCUGGAACGCUCCAAAUGGGAGCUGCAGCCUCAGCUUGAGAGGAGGACAAGGCGUAGCCAGGCCUUACCAACCCACACACAGGUUUUGCUGGCCCUGAGAUUUUUGGCAAGUGGCUCCUUUCAACAUGUCAUUGGAGACACUGCAGGUGUUACACAAGCCAGCAUAAGCCGGGUCUUGGACCGGAUUUGCACCGUCUUGAGUGACAAGUCGGUGCAAGAAAUCAAGAUGCCUCCUACAAAUAUUGAGCGGAGGAGAAUUGCUCGGAAGUUUUUAAGGAUUCAAAACUUCCCAAGGGUUAUUGGAGCCAUUGAUGGCACCCAUGUUGCCAUCAAGGCCCCAUCUGUAGACGAGGCCCUGUAUUUCAACAGGAAAAGGUAUCACUCCCUGAACAUCCAACUUGUUUGAGAUGCUGAUGGAGUGAUACUCAUUUACUGCUCCAGAUUCCCAGG